AUGGCAAGUAACGAGACAAAUUCACCGUUCGAAGCUAUGUCAGCAGCUUUACGAGCUGCAACAAAAAUUUCCAAUGAUAAUGAAAACGAUGAAAAAUUAACACCUAAUAUGCUAGCUAGUGCUAUCAAACUAGCAGCAUUGUCAGCUGAUCAUCAAGAAAAAUUAACACCAGCAACUGUUAAUGCUGCAGUAAAAGUAGCGAAAAAUUCAGCAAAUGAAGACGAACAACAGGAAUCUCUUACACCACAAUCAUUAGCUGCUGCAUUAAAAUUUGCAGUAAAAGCAUCGUCAAAUGAUGAACAAGAUUCAGAGGAUAUGUCAACGAAUCAAAUGUUAGCAGCAAUGAAAGCAGCUAUUUUAAUGACUCAAAAAGAUCAUCCAGAUGAUUUGGCUACCACUGAAAUGCUUUCUAAUGCACUUAAACUAGCUAAAGAUUGA